UGGAGCUAUAAAAACUACUUGGAAGCGCGCACGGUACAGGAUCGGAUUGCCAGGAAUUCUGCCCCUUGAGGGCGCCCUGAUCAUAACAAACAGCCGCAAAGUCGAGAUACUGCCGCAGUUUUGAAGACAGAGUAUGAAAUUACCAUGGCGAUAUGGCAUCAGCUGUGUUCUGCUCACCACUGGACUGACCGUCGCUUACAUCUGGUGUGGAAAGUUUGCCAGCUUUCCUGAGGAAAUCAACCCCUCAAAGCUGUCUUUGUCAGAUACGCAGUGUCAGCAACGCGAGCAAGAGGAACCGUGCAUCGACGGAGGUGUUGAUUCUUUGAUGCGUGCGAGGAGUUGCCAUGGCGACCGGGAUGAGGAGAAUUCAAGUCCCUAUCUUGGCUGUCAGGAAAUGGAGGAGAUCAGAUUGGAGAAGAAGAUUGGGCAGGGGGCUGUCAAAGAGGUUUAUCUUGGAGAAUGGCAAGGGAUGAAAGUUGCCUACUCCUCUCUGAUCCAAUCACAGCAUCUUGAAGAUUUUCUCCAUGGUGCUAAGAUGCUGCAAGCACUGCAGCCCCACGAGUUAGUGGUUGGACUCAUUGGUCUUUGUCUCCGUGCUGACAAGCCCGUCAUCGUCACUGAGUAUCAUCAACUCGGAUCUGCUGACAGAGUCGAGGAUAUCCUCUCCCAAGAAAGCUUCCGUGAUAACAACACAAUUAAAACACGAUUCCAGCUGUGUUUGGAUUACAUCCGAAUUCUUCUGUAUUUACACUCCGGGCCGGCCGGCAUGCGCAUCAUGUGCGACAGUAAUGACGUGGAUAAAACGCUGUCGCAAUUUUUAAUUACUAAUGAUCUCACGCUUGUUGUAAACGAUUUGGACGCCUUGCCUCUGGUGGACCGCGCCGCGGGAAAGCUUGCCAAAUGCGGCCACAGACAACUGUGGGGGGAGUUUGUGGCGCCAGAGCAACUUUGGCCGUUUCCUGAACGCGAAUUUCAAGAUGAGGAAAUGGCGUCCUAUGACGAGAAGACAGACAUUUGGAAAGUCCCGGAUGUUACCGAUGCCCUGCUUGGAAAUGUUGCCCAUGCCAACAUCGUCAGGUUUCAUUUAUUCAAAAUCCAUCAGCAGUGCAAGGAGUUGGAUCCCACGUUGAGACCCACCGCAGGCAGAAUACUUGAGGCGUACCUAGAAGUAUUCCAUUCUGUUGUCAUUGAUGAUCAUUGACAAAAAUGCAACUUCAAGACUGUAAAAACAGGGAUUAAAAAAAAAAUAUAGCCGUCUUUCAAAGAGAUAUAUUUUGUUUAAUCUUUAAAUAUUUAUAAGUUGGAAGAACACUUUCUGCCUUUAAAAUUACUGCGGGUAAUUCUGCAGGUUGUGGGUUCGAGUCCAGCCUGGGGUUAUGGUGCAUGUGCCCUUGGGCAAGGCACUUUGUCACUCAUUUUUUCUCCCCACCCAGGAAUAAAUGGGUACCUGUGAGGGUAGAGAUGCUUAUUGUGAUUGAUUUUUAAUUUAGCUUCCUUGCGCCCGAAAUGGCAGCAUCAAGCUGUUUACUCCCCAGGGAGCUGAGAUGGUAUUUGGAAUGAUUAAUUGGCCCAAUGAUCAGGGAUAAUAAUAAUGUAAAACGCUUUGAUCUUAGUUAAUAACUUUGAUCUUAGUUGAAAGAUUUCACACAAAUCAGUAUUAAAUCCCCCCUCCCCCAUUUAUUGAAAUACGUUAACGCAUUGAUUUGUCUUUCACAAUUUCAUUUUUGAAAACAAAUUUCAAGUGAAUGAUUGUAUAUGAAUAAAAUCAAUCACUACUAUUUUUGUCACAAAA